UUCUAAAGUUAGAUUAGGUUAAUCUAGCUAUAGCUGUAAGCUAGAUGUAAAUUCUGUAGUGAGGCAAUUCUAUAUAUAAGAUAAAGCUUAUAAGCAUAUACUAUAUAUAUUUUUACAGUGUGCUUUUAGAUCAAAACUAAGUGAGAUUUGAACAUAGAACUCUAUAUCGUACUUCUAGUACGUACUCAAAAUGUGAACAGCGCGAUAUAAUAUGAAAAAUACUUAUUUCUACAAACAAAUAAUAAUUAUUUUACUACAAAAAUCACAUUUUAGAUAUAUGUGGUGUAGUAUAAUUAUAUAAACGUACAUACAUGAAAUUCACCUAUAUUACUUGCAGUUGAAGAGUAUAUUGCCAUUGCACUAAGAAUAUCAGAAAAAAAGUGUUAGGCAAAAACAAGGAAAACAAUAGACGAUAAGAAAGAAAGAUAGUAAUAAUCUUUUUUUGUAACUAUUGCGAAUACAGUUCGUCAUAAGAAAAUUUUGAUUAACAUAAUUUGUGAACAUAUCUUAUAUAUACAAUAUGUCUAACGAAGUACCUGAUCCCGUUAAUCAAAGUGAUUUGAAAGAUCUUAAAGAGCGAAUGAAACUCAUCGUUGAAGCAGAUCAAAAACAGUAUCAUAACGAAUAUUCCUUAAGACGUUAUUUACGCGCAUUUAAAACUACAGAUGCUGCUUUUCAGGCUGUACUUAAAACAAAUAAAUGGCGUGAACAAUAUGGUGUUGCAAACCUCAGAAAUUGUGAAGAAAUAAAAAAAUAUGCUGACAAGGCAAUUGUUUUAAGGCACAGAGAUUGCGUGGGUCGUCCCGUUGUAUACAUUCCAGCUAAAAACCACAAUACAUCAGAAAGAAAUAUCGAUGAGCUUACUAAGUUUAUUGUUUUUUGCCUGGAGGAAGCUAGUAAUAAAUGUUUUGAAGAAGUUAUAGACAGCUUGUGUAUUGUUUUCGAUUUGGCUGGAUUUAGCACUUCCUGCAUGGACUACCAAUUGGUUAAAAACCUUAUUUGGCUACUGAGCAAACAUUACCCAGAACGACUGGGUGUAUGUUUAAUAAUAAAUUCUCCAGGAAUUUUUUCCACAAUAUGGCCAGUAAUACGUCAGUGGCUGGAUGAUAACACUGCAAAAAAAGUUAUAUUUGUUGAUAACGAAACAGAAUUAUGCAAAUAUUUAAUUCCAGACAUUUUACCAACAAAUAUGUAAAAGGAAUUCUUGUUAGUGAAACAAACGAAUGUACCUUUUAUUUCAAAGUGAAAAUAGUAGCUAAUUAAUUUAAAUGUACACAAAUAAGAGCUUAGUAUAAAAUAUCUACCCACAUAUGUUAUGUAUAUCUAUGUAAUGAAAUGUAACGUGUUUAAUGUAUAAUAUUAAAAAGUUGUUAGCAGUAGAUGAUAAAUUCAAGAAAAAUU